AUGGACAUCGCGCAGCCUGCAGGGGUGGAUGCGGUGAAGCUUGUGGUGAUGAUCGUCCAGGCAGCUCAGACAGUUCGCCACAACAAGAAGACCUGCCAGCAGCUCGUCAGCCGCGCGCAGAUGAUCGGUGGCCUGCUGGAGAAGCUGCAGGGCUCGGAGAAGAUGCAGCAGCCAGAGAUACGGAGCCCGCUGAAGGUGCUCGAGGGCGUCCUAGGCGAGGCCCACGCGCUCGUCAAAUCCUGCCAAAACAGCAGCUAUGUAUACCAGUUCUUGAUGGGCCGGAAGCAGGCUGAUCAGUUCCGUGUUGUGCAGAAUAAAAUAGACUCGUAUCUGCUGCUCUUCCCACUCAUCAGCCACAUCGAAACUGCAGCUCAACUGGACCAAAUUCUGAAUGCCGUACGGCCACAGAUACCUAUGUUGCCAUUGGAGGCUGCUGAAGUGAUGCCAAAGUUACUUAGUGGCUGCUCAAACUACGGUGCUACUAGGUGCUCAUCUGGUGAUGCCAGGAUUGAAGUUUGUGGUAUAUCCGAAAGAGUUCACGCAAUAAAUGAGCCAUUUGCUGUAAAGGAAAGCCAGCAAGCAGGCUCUUCAAAUGUUGUCGAAUCAUUAUCAACCAAUCAAAGCAGAAUGAGGCGCCAUUGCUGUGGAGAGCAUAAGGAGUCACCCACAAUUCAUAGGCUUACUGGUGACGAAGGGUCCUUCAAGUUCAAUUUCUUCCAGUUGGUGGAUGCUACCAAAAAAUUCUGCCCUGCAAACCAGAUUGGAAAAGGUACCUUUGGCUGUGUUUACAAGGGUCGACUACGUGAUGGACUUGAAGUUGCAAUCAAAAGACGUUCUGAAGUUCCUCCGUCACCUAGUCAAUUGGAUUUCCAAAAUUUGGAGUUUAGCAAUGAGGUUUGCUUUCUUACUGAACUUCAGCAUACCAAUAUUGUCAAACUUCUGGGAUGCUGCAUCCAUGGAGCAGAGAGAGUUUUGGUCUAUGAAUAUAUGGCCAAUGGAAGCUUCGAUACCUUCAUCUUUGGUGCAAGAACAAAAAGGGCCUAUCUUGACUGGCCCACGCGCUCCAAAAUAAUGAAAGGGGUGGCUGAAGGACUUCUGUAUCUUCAUAAGCAGUGUGGGCUAUACAUUAUACAUGGAGAUCUAAAGCCAAGUAACAUUCUCUUGGAUUCUGACAUGAAUCCCAAGAUCUCUGAUUUUGGCAUAGCUAGGAAGUAUAGCCCCGGUGUGGAUGAAGAGUUUACUGACCGCGUAGUGGGCUCGACUGGUUUUAUUGCCCCAGAAUAUCAGAAAAGAGGACUUUUCUCAACAAAGUCUGACGUGUAUGGCUUUGGAGCAUUGCUUCUUGAGGUCAUCAGUGGCAAGAGGUGCUUCUCACUUUCAAGUGGAGCUGAUUAUGGUGUUUUGAAUAAGAGGGCCUGGGUGUUAUGGGGUAGAGGAAGAUUGAUGAAGCUUGUCGACUCUCACUUGCGCGGUGAAUCUCAUGCAGCAGAGAUAAUGAGGUGCAUCCAGAUAGCAUUGUUGUGUGUGGAGGAAGACGCGGCGAACCGACCCACCAUGCAGGAGGUUGUUCUGAUGCUGAGCUGCCAGAGUGUUGUGUCGCCUACACCUCAGCGCCCGGCUUACCUGAGUGCUGAAAUGGCAAAGCCUACAAUUUAA